AUGGUGCUGCAGCUCGAGUCGCUGGUCACCAAUACGACGUUUGGCCAUGUCUUCCGCGCCUCGAACGCAGGCGUCGCCUACGCCGUCAAGCAGUACACGCAGCCGUGCUUUGAAGCGUCGGCCGAGCUCCGCGUCGCAAAGGCGCUCGCAGACGACGCACCGCACCCCCACUUGGUACACACGAUCGACUGCUUUUACCAGCACGACAUGGUCCACCUCGUCUUGGAGUACUGCAGCGGCGGUGACUUGUACGACUAUUUACUCCAACGGCCAGCGCUUUCAACGAGCGACGCCCGGCGCGUUUUUGAGCAAGUGGUCGCUGGUCUGCACCAUUUGCACCAACGUGGUUUCGCCCACCGCGACAUUUCGCUUGAAAACAUCCUCUUGGAUGAACAUGGCGACUGCAAACUCUGUGAUUUUGGUCUCGCGGCGCCCGCCCACGAAAUGAGCGACGCGGUUGUCGGCAAGCCCUUUUACAUGGCACCCGAAGUCUACGCCGGCCGGCCGUAUGACCCCGCAGCCGCCGACAUGUGGGGUCUUGGUAUCCUUCUCUUCAUGCUCGUCACCGGCGUGCCCAUGAUCAGCGCGCCGUCCGACGCCGACGGCGGGUACCGCAUCGUCGAGCGGCAAGGCGUCAAGGCGCUCCUCAAGCUCUGGAACAUGGAGACGCUUUUUUCAACCGACUUGGUCACUGUGCUCGACGGCUUGUUGACGGUAAACCCCAAGCGCCGCCUCAGUAUGCGCCAACUCCGCGCCAAGUUGCGACCCAAGGGCUCGUGGCGCUGCAAGCUCGCCAUGUGGUUUUAG